AUGAGAGGGAUGCCCUUCCAAUUGCAGGGGAAGGGGGGUUUAGAUAUUGCAGCUGCAGCUGGUUUCGCAUCGAUUUGCUCUUCUCAGCAAGAAGCUUGGAGGCUGCUUGAACUCAGUCAAGAAGAGGAGAAAGUUCAUAGCUUUGGGAGCACAGAGCCCACCUCGGUUCUUCAUAUGAGAAGGAGUCCAAGCCCACCCACAUCGGCUUCCACUCUUUCCUCCUCCUUCAACAACGGCGGCGGCGGUGGGGACAACACCGCCACUCCGACGGCCGGCGAAAAAGCCUCUGAGUGGGCUAACGAGCUGCAGCCUAUCCCAGCUGGCCUCGAGAUUGUUUCCUCCAGAUGCGGUCUCGGGUUGGAAGAUUGGGAGAACAUGUUGUCGGAGCCCACUCAGGAACAGUCCCUCCUCCGGUGGAUCUCCGGCGACGCCGAGGACUCCUCUUUUGGUUUCAAGCACCUCCUUCAGAGCAACAACAGCAACAGCAAUCCGUUGGAUUUCGAUGGCAAUGGCGGCGGUGGAGGGUUAGGGAUUGUUGAACAGGGGAAUGGGUUUGAUUCAAUUGGGGGAAUUGGAGCUGGGGUUUCCAGCAUUGGUCACAAUUUGGGGGCUUUCCCUGAUUCCGGGUUCCUCGGAGCUAAUGGGAAUGGCAGAAAUGCUGGGGGUUUGGUGUCUCCCAGCUCUUCUUCGUCAUCUGGGUUGGUUCAUUUCAAACCUAAUAAUAAUAGCGUUGGCAAUAAUCUUCCUUCUGCAAUGCUUUAUCAUCAUCAGCAGCAUCAUCCACAACAGCAGCAGGAGGAGAAGCCACAUAUUCUGCAUCCUAUGAUGAACCAACAACAACUGAAUUCUCAUCAAGCGCCAAACUUUUUCAUGCCUCUGCCAUUUGAGAAUCAUCAUCAGCCUCCUCAACCCAAGAGGCAGAAUUCUGGUGGUGGGAUGGAACCCAUUUCUCAAAUGAUCCCCAAGCUUCCGUUUUCAGACCCGGGGCAUCAUGACUCGUUUCUCAGGAAGCAACAUCAUCAGCUGCAGCAACAGCAACAUCUUCAGCAGCAGCAACAUCAGCAUUUCGGGUUUCCUCCAGGGGUUCCUUCAUUUCUCCAAAACCAUCACCAGGGCAUUCUGCAGAAUGCCCUGGUGGGAAAGAAGGAAGACCCAGGUGGAGGGCAGCAACACGAAUUGCUUGACCAGCUCUACAAGGCAGCAGAGAUGGUAGGGUCAGGGAACUUCACUCACGCGCAAGGGAUAUUGGCGCGGCUCAAUCAACACCAACAGCUCUCCCCAAUUGGAAAGCCUCUCCAUAGGGCAGCUUUCUACUUCAAGGAGGCUCUCCAGCUUUCACUCCUCAGUCACAACAACAUUAACAGCAACAACCCCGUCACCAGCCCUCUUAUGCCUCGAACUCCAACCCCGUUCGAUGUCAUCUUCAAAAUGGGCGCUUACAAGGUCUUCUCAGAGGUCUCCCCACUCAUCCAGUUCACCAACUUCACUUGCAACCAGGCUUUACUGGAGUCUCUGGAAGAUGCAGACAGAAUCCACAUAGUCGACUUCGACAUUGGGUUUGGCGCUCAAUGGGCUUCCUUCAUGCAGGAGCUACCCCGGAGUAGAGGCAUUGCACCUUCCUUGAAGAUCACAGCUUUUGCCUCUCCGUCCACUCACCACCCUAUCGAGCUUGGUCUCAUGCGAGAAAACUUGACACAGUUCGCCAAUGAGAUAGGUAUUAGCUUCGAGCUCGAUGUGGUCAACUUUGACUCUUUGGACCAGCAGAGUUGCUUCUCUCUUCCUAUUUUCCGAGCUAGUGAGAAUGAGGCUGUUGCGGUCAACUUCCCCAUUUGGGCUGCUUCUGGCCAACCAUCCGCAUUGCCCUCAUUGCUCCGUCUCAUCAAGCAGCUUAAUCCAAAGAUUGUAGUGUCACUGGACCGAGGGUGUGACCGCAGUGAUCUUUCAUUUCCACAACAUGUGCUCCAUGCUCUCCAGUCUUACAUUAACCUAUUCGAAUCAUUGGAUGCUGCUAAUGUGACUAGUGAUGCUCUGAACAAGAUCGAGAGGUUCCUGCUCCAGCCUAAAAUCGAGAGCACUGUGCUGGGACGACUUCGUGGGCCGGACAAGAUGAUGCCCAACUGGAAGACGAUAUUCGCAUCCUCUGGAUUCUCGCCCGUGCCAUUUAGCAACUUCACGGAAACUCAAGCGGAGUGUGUGCUGAAGAGGGCUCAAGUGAGGGGGUUUCACGUUGAGAAGCGACAUGCCUUCCUUGUGUUGUAUUGGCAGGGGAGAGAGCUCAUAUCAGCUUCUGCUUGGAGGUGCUGA